UGUUCCUUGUCUUCCGGUAUUGUUGGGGCGCAUAGCUGCCGUGACGAUUUUGUACGAUAUAGAGCGUGUGCACUCAUCAUUGUUAUUAUUUCUAUUGUGUUCGCACACAGUCUUGGCCGGACCGCUGUCCAUAGUCCCUCAUUGUUCACACAAUGUUUCUUUAGGUGUGGAUCACCGUACCUUUAGAUCAAUUUUCAUAGGCACCAUUGCUGAUCACUAUUGCUCAGCAAAUACAUUCACAACUCUAACAAUCGUUCCUGUCGAUUCAUCUGUUAGUCAAACCUUUUUUUCGUGUUCAAAGUCGCUAAUUAUGCACGCUAAACCAUGUCGUUUAUUGUUGAGUAUGUCUGAUUUGUAGGUAACUAAUUGAUAAACUUUAUUUUACAUACCUACACUUUUUAUAAUAUGUAAAUGGUAUAACGGUAUCGUAUGAGUCUGGCUCUAGAUAUGGAUAAUGAUCAAUAUUUCUCUCCAUUAUGACUACCAAGAAUGAAAAUUCAAUAAACUGUAAUAAUUCUCAAAAUGAAGCCAAAGGACAGCAGAAUAGUGAUAAAAAUACUGUAAAGAAAAUUCCAAAAAUGGAUUUAAAUAAGUCUGAUUUAUUAAAGCUUUUAAGCUAUUUAGAGGGCGAACUUCAAGCAAGAGAUAUUGUUAUUGCAACUUUAAAGUGUGAAAAAGUAAAAUGUAUGCUAAAAAACAGAGGUAGUGAUCAUGUUAUCAAAGAUCCAUUAGCAGCAUUACAACGCGAUUGCUUUGCUACCUUUGAAACAAAUAAUGAUAGUCUUUCAUAUCAACAAUUAGGAUCGCUUGAAAAUCUUGUAUUACAGCAAAGAAGAACUCAUUUAAGAAUAGCCAAUGUCUUAAAAGAUAACCAAGUUAUGCAUCGAAAGAUAUUGGAUCUAGAGCGAUUAAAAAAACAACAGUUACAAUUUGAAUACAAAAAGUUGCACAAUACUUAUGAAGAGGAACGAUUAAAACAUAAACAAAUCGUAUUUUUUUUACUAGCUGAAAGAAAAAAAAUUGUAAUGAAAUAUAUUGAAGAAAGAAAACGUUCUGAAGAUCUUGGACAGAUAUUAAGUGAAGAAAAAAGUAAAAUUGAUUCAAUGGCCGAAGGGUUGGAAGAAGAAAGUAAAAAGUCAUUACAGAUGGAAGCAGAAUUAGAAAAACAAAUGGCAUUAUUUGAUACAGAAAGCAAAAAAAUGAUGGCAGCUUUAAGCUCAGAAGAAAAAAAAACAAGUGCUUUAGAAGCAGAAUUAACAAAAUGUCGAAAUGAAAUUGUUUCAUUAGAAAAAGAACUAAGUGAAGCACUUCAUAAUAAUUUGAUGGAGCUUUCCAAUAGAUCUUCAGGUGUUAGAAUUAUGUCUUCCCCUAGUGAUCCAAUUACAAGUAGCGUUGCAAAAGUGGUUCAACCUACAGCAACUGCAUCUAGUGUUCGAGUUUCUGGUCCAAUGACUGGAAUUGCUCGAUCUGUAAACCCUGGUCAAAGUUUGCGUUGUUUGAAACCAAUUAGUGGUAAAACUAAUGAUACACAGGUUGAUAAACCUCAAGACGAAGAAGAUUGUUCUACACCUUUAGACACCAUUAAAAAACACCCCAUUUCUUUUGGUCGUACUAUGCAAUCGGAAUCUGGAUCAACUAGUACAGUCAAAAAAUCAUUGUUUGGUAUUCAACGUAACAUGUCGGUUCCUAAUUCAGCCGAAAGUAAUGUUACUGGAUUACUUAAGAAACAGAUGACAGCUGUGGGACGUGGGACACCACCUCCAGUACCUCCUAAUAAGCCUAUUAUACCACCAAAAAAGGAUCUAAUAUCAUUCAUUAAAAAGACAUCAGUUGCUGAUAGUGCUGCUUCUACUGCUGAUAAAGAUCAAAAAGACUCUCAAUUAAGGCAUAAUAAUGUGUCGUCUAAUGAGAUUGUUUCUGUAGAUAAGCCAGAUGAAACGGUAAAAAAUUAGACUUCAAGAAUUGAUAACAUUAUCAACCCAGCGAGUUAAACCUCCAUAUUUUUAUAUAUGUAUUCGCUUGACAAGACUUAAAUUGUAUUCUCAAAAUAGAUAAGUAGUAAAUUUUAGUGAAUAAUAGUAAGUAUAUAUUAAUCAUAUUUACUGGUAAAGACUUCAUAUUGAAUGUAAAAAAUG